UGGGGAUCCCCUGUUCUUUCCUGUUUUAGAACUGUGUGCAAUAUUGUAGAUCUUUGGCCAUCUGCCAUAGUUGUGAGAGGGGGAGAAGGUAGGGUAUAUAAACACUAAAUUUCUUCCACCAUCUGUGUUUCUGCCUCUGCAAAUCAAACAACCAUGGCUAACACAGCUCAGUCAAACGCUGCACCAAUGCUGAAAGACUUCAGCGCUGAACAAAUUGAAGACAUUCGAGAGACCUUCUCAAUGUUCAUUAUGACAGCCAAGGGCGAAAUUUUACUCAGUCAGUGUGGCGAUGUGAUGAGGGCUUUGGGUCUGAAUCCAACCAACGCAGAAAUCUCUAAAGUGAUUGGGACGUCAGAUCCAGAGGCGCUUCAAUCCAAACCAGUCGACUUCGAGACGUUCUUGCCCAUGUUCCAGCAACUCUCAGGGUCUUCAAAACAAGGCAAAUACGAGGACUUUGUGGAGGCACUUCGCCCCCUAGACAAGGAAGGCAACGGCACGAUCAUGUGUGCCGAACUCCGACAAAUUCUCCUCACACUCGGUGAAAGAUUAACUGUGGGUGAAGUGGACGGUGUUUUUGCUGGACAGGAAGAAUCGAAUGGCUUCAUCAGCUAUGAAGCUUUUGUGAAGCACAUCAUGUCGGAAUGAAUGACAGAUUCAGCCCGAGGAAGACGUGAUCGGAUGUGAAGUGUUUCAUAGAUGUCUGCUGAUUCAAAAGUCCUGCAAUUUAAUCAUCGUUGCAUCAAAUAUCUUAAAGUUGGAUGGUUGUAGAAAAUGCUGUGAAUUUUAAUGACAUUAAAAUAUUUUUAA